AAUAGACACAGUCUAUACCGCAAUGAUGCUGUUUAACCCCUAAAACGACACAACAAAACCACGACUGGAGGAGAAAGUUAAAUCAUUUGGGAUUGACAAAUGUUGACAGAACCUUAUGGGGAACAAACCUCUACCCUUAGGAAAAUGAAUCACGGUUUGUCUGUGAUGGCACAGGCAGGCUUUGGGAGAAGAUACUUCAAAGCCUUUGUUAGCGGCUUUUUUGUUGCCGUCCCUGUGACGGUGUCUGUUUUAGAUUGUCUCGCCUAUGUGGCUCGCGUGGAUGGUGCCUCCAUGCAGCCGUCUUUGAAUCCAGAAGGAGGAUCAUCUUCUGACGUCGUGCUCCUCAAUCGUUGGAGUGUGAGAAACUAUCAGGUCCAGAGAGGAGACAUUGUGUCCAUUCUGAGCCCCAAAAACCCUCAGCAGAAGAUCAUCAAAAGAGUCAUUGGCGUUGAAGGUGACUUCAUCAGGACUAUGGGAUAUAAAAACCGGUAUAUACGAGUUCCAGAUGGACAUCUGUGGAUUGAGGGGGAUCAUCACGGCCACAGUUUUGACAGCAACACCUUUGGACCGGUCUCACUUGGUCUGGUUCAUGGCCGGGCGUCUCACAUCAUUUGGCCGCCCAGCAGGUGGCAACGGAUUGCCCCAUCCGUCCCCGUUGACCGAAGACCGCUGUUAAACUGGGACGGGGAAACGGAGGAAGACUGAAACGGACAGUUUUUACAAAUGUGUGAUGGAAAAUAUAAGAAACCUCUUUAGAUAGAUAGUUAUUUUCAAUUGUACAUAUUCUUGCACUGUGAGGAGAUCUGUUGGUCAAAUGCAAUACAUACAAAUGUCAUGACAAGAUCUGUAUAAUUUUAUUAAUUUUAAUAAAAGA